GCCCGUACAACCACUACGGCCCCUACAACCUCCACAGCUCAUACAACCACCACAGCCCGUACAGCCCGUACAACCACUACGGCCCCUACAACCUCCACAGCUCAUACAACCACCAACCCCUGCAACCAUAGUAUCUUCCAACACAGCCCCUACAACCAUUACAGCUUCCACCACAGCCUCUUCAAUCACAGUAGCUUCUCCCACAGCCCCUACAACCACUACAGCCCCUGCAAUGAAUACAGCUUUCACCACAGCCCCUGCAACCACUACACCUUCCACUACAGCCCCUGCAACCACUAUACCUUCCACUGCAGCCCCUGCAAUGACUUCAACUUCCGCUCUUCCAGCACAGCGUAUGUGCCCAUGACAGUCUCUACUCCAGGGUCUGACCUCACCACAUCCUCCACUGUAUUACCUAAGACUAGUGCGGGCUCCAGCCCACCCCCUGUGAUCACAUCAGCAUCUGUUAGUAGCAUGGCCUCCACUCUGUUGUCCUCCCCACCAUCCCUGAGCAGCACAGUCUACACCGUGGGCUCUGAUCCCACGAAGUCCAGCACAGCCUCCUCCUCAGCCGUUCCACUCACCACAGAUUUUCCCACCACCUCUGUGUCCCCUGCAAACAGCACCACAGUUUCUCAGGCCCUGACCGUCUCCGCCUCAGCCUCUGAGAGCACCACAGGCCCUGCCUCUGCUUCCGUGCCCUCCACAGCGCUCACGGGGACCUCAUCACACCUGCUGGCCUCCACCUCUGCUCCCGGGGCCACAGGAGGCUUCACCAGCAUCGCCAGGCCUUCCACGGGCACCUUCACCACCGUGGUGCCCACCAAGGCAGCGGACUUCUCUCCUCCGUCCAUGCCCAACACCGUGGUCUCAGGGCCCGGGAGCCCCGGAGGGCGUUUGCAGCGCUGGGCCGUGGUCCUCAUCUCUCUGGCUGCCGUCAUGCUUGGCGUCGGGUUGCUGGUGGGAAUCAGUUUCUGCCUGGGCCCCAGCAUCGGCCUUGGUCUGGACCUGGACACAGGGCUGGGCCCUGGGAUGCUCCACAGCUUGGGAGAUGAGCUGGCCCAUGGAGGAGCACAUGGCUUUGGACACGGAGUGGGCCACGAUCUGAGCCACAGCCACGGCGGUCCUUAUGACAUGAAUCAUGGAUGGCGUCAUGGACAUGGGGGACACCCUUACAAUAGCCAUGAAAUGGAUCCCAGACGAGGCCACCGAGGAAGCCAUGGAGCGGGCCCUGGGGGGAGCCAUGGCAGGACAAGAUGGCUGUGGCCCUAG